CAACCGGACCAGGGCUAUCUGUGCACAUGCGCAGUAGUUCUGCUGCCGGGCUGUCGCGCUACUAAUAAAGUUUUAGCGAACACAGACUCCUUCUUCUCUGGCAAGAUGGCGGAGUACGACCUGACCACGCGCAUCGCGCACUUUCUGGACCGGCACCUCGUCUUCCCCCUCCUGGAGUUUCUCUCUGUGAAGGAGAUAUAUAAUGAAAAAGAACUGUUACAAGGGAAAUUGGACCUUCUUAGUGAUACCAACAUGGUUGACUUUGCCAUGGAUGUGUACAAAAACCUUUAUUCUGACGACAUUCCUCAUGCUUUGAGAGAAAAAAGAACCACAGUUGUUGCACAACUGAAACAACUUCAGGCAGAAACAGAACCAAUUGUGAAAAUGUUUGAAGAUCCAGAAACUACGAGGCAAAUGCAGUCAACCAGGGAUGGUCGGAUGCUAUUUGACUACCUGGCAGAUAAGCAUGGGUUUAGGCAGGAAUAUUUGGAUACACUCUACAGGUAUGCAAAAUUCCAAUAUGAAUGUGGAAAUUACUCAGGAGCAGCAGAAUACCUUUACUUUUUUAGAGUGUUGGUUCCAGCAACUGAUAGAAAUGCUUUGAGUUCCCUCUGGGGAAAACUGGCCUCUGAAAUCUUAAUGCAGAAUUGGGAUGCGGCCAUGGAAGACCUUACCCGCUUAAAAGAGACCAUAGAUAACAAUUCUGUGAGUUCUCCACUCCAGUCCCUUCAGCAACGAACGUGGCUCAUCCACUGGUCUCUGUUUGUUUUCUUCAAUCACCCCAAAGGCCGAGAUAAUAUUAUUGAUCUCUUCCUUUAUCAGCCACAGUACCUUAAUGCAAUUCAGACCAUGUGUCCACAUAUUCUCCGCUACCUGACCACUGCAGUUAUAACCAAUAAAGAUGUUCGAAAGCGCCGGCAGGUGCUAAAAGAUCUAGUAAAAGUCAUUCAACAGGAGUCUUACACAUAUAAAGACCCAAUUACAGAAUUUGUUGAAUGCUUGUAUGUUAACUUUGACUUUGAUGGGGCUCAGAAGAAGCUAAGGGAAUGUGAAUCAGUGCUUGUGAAUGAUUUCUUCUUGGUGGCUUGCCUGGAGGAUUUCAUUGAAAAUGCUCGUCUCUUCAUAUUCGAGACUUUUUGUCGCAUCCACCAGUGUAUCAGCAUUAAUAUGCUGGCAGAUAAAUUGAACAUGACUCCAGAAGAGGCAGAAAGGUGGAUCGUGAAUUUAAUUAGAAACGCCAGACUGGAUGCCAAGAUUGAUUCUAAAUUAGGUCACGUGGUCAUGGGUAACAAUGCAGUCUCACCUUAUCAGCAAGUGAUUGAAAAGACUAAAAGCCUCUCUUUCAGAAGCCAGAUGUUGGCCAUGAAUAUUGAAAAGAAGCUUAAUCAGAAUAGUAGGUCAGAGGCUCCUAACUGGGCAACCCAGGAUUCUGGCUUCUACUGAGGAACUGUAAAGAAAACAUGGAAAAAAUACAAAAUAAUAAAAUCAUUAUGUAAAGAGUAAUACACAUUUUAGAAGUAAUUACUGUUAAGGCUAAAUUUUGGAGAAUUUGAAUAAAAUUGGCUGUGGUUCAUUUUA